AUGGCUCGUGAGUUUGAUCCAGAUGGUGAUAGGACACUUGGCGUUAUCACCAAGCCAGAUCUAGUCGACAAAGGCGGAGAGGGUAAAGUCAUUGACCUUGUUGAGGGGAGAGAGAUACAGAUGAAGCUGGGAUGGAUUAUCGUAAGAAACCUAGGACAAAAAGAGCUCGAAGAAGGCGAUGUGGAUCGGAAUGUACUGGAAGCUGAGCUUCUUUCCCAACGCCCCUGGGAUACCGUCCCGCGAGACAAGUUUGGUAUCAAAGCGUUGCGUACUCACCUUCAGAAGACGGUACGAUCUGCGAUAAGCAAGAAACUACGAGAAUGUCAAGAUGCUCUGCAGGCUCUUGGAGCAGACCGAGAAACCCCGGAGCAGCAAGCCAGUUUCCUAUUUGGAAUAGUAUCAUCGUUCCAGGAAAUCACGUCUCAUGCGCUCGGCUCAAAUUAUAGCAUCCGGGAUGAUUUUGAUCAAGAUGAGAUUCUUCGUCUGGCCACCAGAGUUGUCAAUAGGAAUGAGAUGUUCUCCGACAACAUGGCUCGAUGGGGCCACGAGUAUGAAUUUGAGACCGACGACUCUCAGGAAUUGAACGAUUUUAGAGUUAAUAACUCCAUCGAUAAUCCCACAGGAGGCUCUUUGGCGACACGAAUGCUUGAGGAUAUAUCUGGGAUCGAGGACAUUCUUCCGCAGACAGUCGAAGUUGCACAGCCCGUUCGCAAUGACAUACGCUCAUGGAUAGAACGUCAAUACCGAACUUCACGAGGAUUCGAGAUUGGAACCUUCAACUCUGCGCUUCUCCCGACUAUUAUGAAAAAGCAGUCAACAAAAUGGACAUCCAUCGCGACUGGGUAUAUUGGUGAUAUUAUCACCAUCGUUCAUGGGUUUAUUCUCAGGGCAUUGAAUUUAGCCUGCGCUGACACCAGGGUAUGUCACAACCUGCUGUCGAGGAUCAUGGAUAAGCUGCUAGGGAAAUACCAGAACGCAAUCAGCCAAGUGCAAUUCCUUCUGUUCAAUGAGUGCUCAAUCGACAGAAACGCACGAGCUCCGUGA